UUUGAGUUUCAUCCAAGGGAAACCUUGACACGUUUGUCUGAAUGAAAGAAACAAAUUUCACCAACUCUUUCGAAAAAUAAUCAAGAUCCGAAUAAGAGCGAAGGAAUAUGAAACAAUCUCAAUAUCCGCUGCAUUAUGCAAGUACAUCACAUAAGAUCCGGGCAUGAAUAUGACGACCAAUCGGAAAUAGAAAGGCGGUGCUGUACGAGCGUGAAGGCGAGGCGGAUUUCCCGACGAGUUUGGGCAAACUAAAAGUUGCAGAACCGAAACUGUAAUGCUGUGAGGAAAAAAAAGAAACGUAACCAAUGCGGCUUGCUUGUUAAGAGCUUGGAAGUUCUCUUCAGUUAGGUCCCAGGCAGUCAACACUGUGCAUCGCUUUUGGCGAAACCUCCUCGAACAAAAUGUUUGACGACAUAUCUCCCAGUAAUUCGGGAAGAGCUAGUGGCUUUGGCGAAAGCUUCAAAAUAUUGUUUAGAUGGAAAAACAGCGUUUAUCGUCUACUCUGGGAGCCGUUUUUGAUCUACGUGGUUUCCUACAUCACUCUGUCACUUAUCUACGAUUAUGUGCUGAGCGAUAGUGCAAGAAUUGAUUUUGAAGCUAUAGCAGCCUACUGUUCGAAAUACACUUCUUCACUUCCCAUCGUGUUGUUGCUGGGAUUCUUCACGUCGACUUCUAUGCAGAGAUGGUUUGCCGUGUUUAAUACCUUACCAGGAACGGCAAAAGUUAUUGCCAUAUUCGUUCUUGCGCUUAAGGAGAACGCUGCGGAGGGAGCUCAGAUGAUUCAACAGUAUUCUAGAUGGAUUUUACUGAGUUGGACGUUUACUUUCCGUUUGAUUUGUCAGCCCCUGAAAAAACUUUAUCCCGAUUUGCAAUCAUUGCAGAAUGCUGGUCUUUUACUUGAGCACGAACGGCUGCAGUUGGAGCAAGUGCAGUCGCAUCACGCUAGCGAGAGCGACCAUUACCUUUCGCUAGCCGUGCUGGACUGGAACCUCUCGAUUCUGAAGCGAUGCAACCGGCAGGGACUUUUCAUGAUUCCGGCCGACUGUAAUCGACAAGUGGACGCGUUGAUGGCCUUCAAAAAAAGUUGUUGCAACACUCUCAAGUUCUCUUCGAAGAAUAUCCCCGUGGCUCUCAUUCAGGUGGUGACAAUUACCGUCUACUCAAUCGGUCUUGCGUCGCUGAUGGCCAGAAAUUUAGCCGACAAGAAUCACGCCACCUCUUUUAUCACGGGCUACUUCCCGAUGCUCAACACCUUUCAGUAUUUUCUUUACCUUUCCUGGCUGAGAUUUGGAGCGAUGGCCUCCAAUCCAUUUGGAGAGGACGACGACGAUAUUGACAUAACGAAACUACUCCAGUCUCACAUAGAGGAUGCCGAGAGAUUGCAAGCGCUGUACAUUUCUAGUCCGGCAGAUGAGCUUGUGACGAAAUCGAUUGAAAAUCCAGCAAAGAAAUGGCCGGUGCAGAGCAGGUUGACGGAGCCGACGACGGAAUUGGUUUGACGGAAGUAUAAUGUCUGAUAGCAACGCCUUCUAGCCCCAGAUAAAGAGUCUCAGCUGUCCCCGCCCCUGUCUUACAGCUUUGUUUAUCUACCAGCCUCGCAUUAAUUUCAUUGGCUACAAACAACACCCUGGAAAAAAAGAGCUUGGUGCAAAACUAAUGGUGAACGCUUUUUAACUUUCUAUGCUUUUUUUUUUAAAAUGCAUUUUUAAUAUGCAUUUUUUUUUAUAUGCCGCCUAUACUCUAGUUCAUAUUGUUCCUAAAGAUGUUUUCGACUAAUAUUCUAUUUCUUCCUUUGUCGUCUAAUUGACAUCUAAUUUUUUUUUUACAAAAGAAAGAUAGGGAUGGUAUGCUAAUUUUUAUACUAACAACUGCCAUCUGCGCAAAUAACUGUUACAAACCAUAGCCACUGAAAGUAUUAUACACUGAUCUGAUUUACAAAA